GAACUUUGUGUGACAUCACCGGACACGCUCGGAGCGUCCAAACUUAUCAUUGGGCGCGCAUGGAGCGCGCGUAUGCACGCCGGGCGAUUUGGCGCACUUUUCCUCGUCGCGAUGAAGCGCCAUUAUGGCGAGGAGUAGCAAGUCGGCAGCGGCGAGGACUCUGGAGGAUUUGACUCUGGACUCGGGUUAUGGUGGAGCCGCCGACUCCUUCAGGUCUUCCAGCGCGUCUCUGUGCUGCUCGGAGGCGCAUGGGGGGAACUGCUGGCAACUGACGGACUCCAUGCACAGUCGAAACAACAGCCCGGACACUGUCAACACGGUUCUGGUCGAAGACGCCGAGAUCCUGGAGUGCGGCGGCCAGUGCGCGAAACUAGCCGAGCUUGACGAUGUGCCGUGGAGCCUCGGGGAGGUGGCGAGAGCCCUGGAGACGGCCGAGGGAAUGAGCGCGCCGAGCCCGCCGCAGGACGUCCUGCUGCGGCUGUCGGCGCUGGCCGGCCGGGUCCUGGUCAGGGUCGCCAAGGAGGCGCAGCGCUUGAGUUUGCGUUACGCCAAAUGCACCAAAUACGAGAUCCAAAGCGCCGCCAAGAUGGUCCUGUCGUGGGUCGUCUCCGCGAACUGCAUCGGCGCCGCCCUCGGCGCCCUGUCCCUGUACGACAUGAGCACCGACGACGACAAGUUCGGCCGCGGCAAGUCCGUGCGCUGCGGGCUCAUCUUGAACGUGGGCAAAUUCUUCAGGUGGAUGGUGGAGAGCAGACUCGCGGCCAGGAUCCACGAGCACGCCGCCAUCUAUCUGGCGGCCUGCAUGGAGAGCCUCUUCCGCCAGAUGCACGCGCGGGCGCUGCGCAGUGCGCCGCUGCGACGGGACAACGGGAUCCCCAAGUUGAGCGUGGAGAGCCUGGAGCAGGCCGUCGGCGGCGACGCCGAGCUGUGGGGGUCGCUGCAGCACUGGCAGCACCUGACCUGUGGGAAGAACGCCAGCGGUGUGCUCAGCCUACCUGAAGGUUUGACUCUGCAGCAGCGAGACGCAAAGAACGGCGAGGGGAACGCCUGCAGCCCAUCUGAACUGCGCGCCGUUGAACAGUGCUUACUGGCCACACGAGUCGGCAGCAUCUCUGAGCUCAGUGAUAUGGUGUCACGGGCUAUGCACUACCUACAGCCACUGUACACCAAGAACCACAAUAAUGGGACACCCAUCCACCAGAAGAGUGCGGUAAUACACUGGGCCCCCGAGGCCAUCUACACACUGUGUUACUUCAUGCACUGCCCCCAGAUGGAGUGGGAGAACCCCAACGUCGAGCCAUCAAAAGUUACCUUACAAACUGAGAGGCCGUUCAUGGUGCUGCCGCCUCUGAUGGAGUGGGUACGUGUGGCUGUCGUUCACGCUGAGCACAGGCGGAGCUUCUCUGUGGACAGCGAUGAUGUGCGGCAGGCUGCCAGGCUGCUGCUGCCUGGAGUGGACUGCGAGCCCCGCCAGCUCCGAACGGAUGACUGCUUCAGCGCCUCAAGGAAACUGGAUGCUGCCUCAACUGAGGCGAAGUUCCUGCAGAACUUGGGCUUCCAUAUGCUCAGUUGCGGACGCACAGACCUGGUGAAGCAGGCUAUCAACCUGCUGGGUCCGGAUGGUAUCAACAGCAUGAGUGAGCAGGGGAUGACCCCACUCAUGUACGCUUGUGUCCGCGGAGACGAGGCCAUGGUGCAGAUGCUGCUGGAUGCUGGAGCUAAUAUUAACAGUGAGGUGCCAAACACAGUGCACAAGCACCACUCAGUCUUUCCCGAAACGCGCCAGGCGACGCCCCUCACUUUUGCUGUGUCACAUGGACAUGUGCCUGUGGUGCAGGAGCGCAUGGUGAGAUCAGUCAACGUGAACGAUACUUCAAAGCUGCUUCUGGAUGCCAAAGCCAACGUGGAGGGCUCCCUGCAGGACGGGAUGGAGAACUACACUGAGACCCCGCUGCAGCUGGCCGCUGCCGCAGGUAACUUUGAGCUGGCGAGCCUGCUACUGGAGCGGGGGGCCGACCCCAUGUUGGGAACCAUCUCUCGCAAUGGCAUCUCCACUGCGCCACAGGGAGAUAUGAACUCCUACAGCCUGGCAGCCGCGCACGGCCACAGAAAUGUUUUUCGGCAGCUGUUGUCUCACACGGAGAAAGGCAAAGGAGACGUCUUAUCCCUGGAAGAGAUUCUGGCAGAAGGAUCGGAGCCGGAGGGAAGAAGUUCAUCUGAGACGGACCUAAUCCGUACAGGGAAGGCCAAACUGAAAGCCCUGAAAGAAGCCAUGUACCACAGUUCAGAACACGGACAUGUAGACAUCACCAUAGAUAUACGGAGCCUUGGGGUGCCGUGGACUUUGCACACGUGGCUGGAAUCUCUGCGCACAUGUUUCUCCCAGCAUCGACGUCCACUGAUCCAGGGUCUUCUCAAAGAAUUCAUCUGCAUCGAGGAAGAUGAGUACACCGAGGAGCUCGUCACGCACGGCCUGCCUCUCAUGUUCCAGAUCCUCGGAGCCAGCAAGAAUGAAGUGAUCAGCCAACAGCUGUCAGCCAUCUUCACCCAGUGUUACGGGCCCUACCCGAUCCCAAAACUGGCAGAGAUUAAACGCAAACAGUCAUCGCGCCUCGAUCCUCACUUCCUGAACAAUAAAGAGAUGUCAGAUGUGACUUUCUUGGUGGAGGGGAAGCCUUUUUAUGCCCACAAAGUCCUGCUCUUCACAGCCUCCAACAGGUUCAAAGCUCUUCUUGCAAAUAGGCCUUGUGGUGAAAACACCUGCAUUGAAAUUAGCCAUGUCAAAUACCACAUUUUUCAGCUUGUGAUGCAGUAUCUCUACUGUGGAGGAGCAGAUGCUCUGCACAUUAGGAACCCUGAUGUUAUGGAGCCAUUCAGAGGUGGACCUGCUGGUGUGUUUUGGAUCAUCGUCCUGCUACAGAACCCAAGUUCCUUUCAUCUUGAGGUCACGGACAGACGGCCGGACAUUCUCCUUGAGGAUUUUUGGCUUUUGUCGGCGUCGAAGUUCUUCCAGUUGGAGGCACUGCAAAGGCACUGUGAGAUGAUCUGCACGAAGAACAUAAACACAGAGACUUGCGUGGAGAUCUACAACCACACGAAGUUUUUAGAUGCACCAGACCUAGCAUCCUACCUAGAGGGCUACUUCCUAAAGAACAUGGUCAUGCUGAUAGAGCUGGAGCCUUUCAAACAGCUGCUGUAUGAAGUACCUCCAGAUAGUCCCAGCUUCAACACCUUGCAGAACUUGGAGAAAAGGCUGGCUGUCCGCAUCCAGUCCAUCCACUUGUCCUCAUCCAAGGGAUCCAUUGUUUGAACUCCUAAACUUAUAAAAACAAUUGCAGACUUGGAAACGCAAGGGAUGAAUACAACUGGGGAAUCUUUGCAAUAAAAACACAAAUAAAUGUGUGUGUGUGCGUGCGUGCGUGCGUGGGCUGCCUUGUUGCAGUUUCUGUCAGCCUCUUGAUGCUUUUUAGCAGACACUCAGUUCUGGUGGAGGCUGUCUCCUCCGGCGUAGUGGUGACACUCAUACAAUAGCUGUACUUUCCCACAAAAAUGGACAAUAACAAAAUACGAUCCAUGUCAUCCAAAUACUUCUCAGCUCAUUGCUGUUUAUUCCAUCAUGAUGUUGACCUGUGGACACGGACGGGAAGGAUGCGGUUCCAUGUUUUGAGAUAUUUGGGCUUUUUUUAUAAACAGAUAUACCACUGAUGAUCCUUCCUGGGCUGUGAGGAAGACUUGCUGGUGUCUAAUGUUGUGAUUACUUGCUAAUGCAUUUGUGGUAAGUAAUAUAUUUGUACUGUCAGUCCUGAUGAUUACUCUUUCAGGCCAAAUAGCUGACCUGUAACAUAACAUAAAGUGGCGUCCAUCAUGUUUCAUGUGGAAAUCAGAAAUUCAGUUUCCUCAAUACUCUGUAAAUAGGGUUGAUAAAAGCGGUUCAAUCAAUAAUGUGCGUCACUGUAAAUAUCCACAGAUGUUUUCUCAUGUGUCUUACUGUUGAGUAUUGCUGUUAUAACAACAACGAAAAGAAUCUUAUCUGUGUGUAAAUGUCGCAUGUCAAAGGGAGAGCGUGUUGGAGGAUUGAGGCCUUUGCUUUGUCUAAGCGGGAGUAAUAAGUGAGUAUUGAUUUGUCAUCAGCAUGGGUCACUAAAUGUGUCACAAAACCUAAA